AAGAAGUUUUGGGCUUAAGUCAUCUUUACGUUUGCUUCCUUCCUUUUUCCUAUUCUAACGUCCCCAUUCACUUGACACUUUUCAACUCUCUCUCUCUCUCUCUCUCAGAAAAACCCAAAAACCAUUUAUACAAAAAAAUAAAAUAAAUAGAGAGAAGAGAACCAAUUAGCCAUAGCCAAAGGCAUUGAGCUAUUUCGUCUUUGCUUUACCUCUAUCGUCCUCCACCGCUAUAACAAUCUCAUAACCCCAUUUCUUAUUUUCUUUCUCUCUCUAUAUAAAUUCCCUUCCUUUUCUGUGUUUUUUCUUUUUUUGGUUCUGUAAUUAUCAGAUUAUAAACCCUCAUUUUGAGAAGGAUAAGGACAUAUUUUCCUUUGUUUAAUUUGAAAAAUAUAUAUUAUUAUAUUUUUGUUGCUGUGUUUUGAUUCUAUGGCCGCGGGUGCUGAGAUUUCCGGUGAGGUAGCUGCGGCAGCGGCUGCCAAGAACUCAAAGCUGGAAUCGGAAUCGGAGUCGUCGAAAUCGGAAUCGGAAUCGGAAUUCAAUGUCCAGAAACUGGUUGAUAUGUUCACGAAGCUGAACCCUUUAGCCAAAGAGUUUAUCCCAUCGUCUUACGCUAAGCAACAGAGCUUCAACAACCUCAACGCAAUUACGACCGAUGAGUCUCUCUCCCCCAACAAUAAGCUUUUUCCUGAUGAUGAUAACUCAAUUAACAGAAGGAGAAGAAAUAACUUUAAUCAGGGGAGACGAAGGUUGAAUGGAAGAAGUUUCAGAGCUCAGCGAGACAACAGUAUUAGACGAACAGUAUAUGUUUCUGAUAUUGAUCAGCUGGUCACUGAAGAGCGGCUUGCUGCCUUAUUUAGUAGCUGUGGACAAGUCGUUGAUUGCCGAGUUUGUGGUGACCCACAUUCAGUACUUCGUUUUGCAUUUGUGGAGUUUGCUGACGAGCAUGGUGCAAGAGCAGCUCUAAAUCUUGGCGGAACAGUGCUAGGAUACUAUCCAGUUCGGGUCUUACCUUCAAAAACUGCGAUCCUUCCUGUUAAUCCUACAUUCCUUCCUAGGUCAGAUGAUGAACGGGAAAUGUGUUCGAGGACUGUCUAUUGCACAAAUAUUGAUAAGAAGGUUUCUCAAACUGAAGUUAAGAGUUUCUUUGAGACAGCUUGUGGCGAAGUUACUCGUUUAAGGCUUUUGGGGGAUCAUGUGCAUUCAACUCGCAUAGCUUUUGUUGAAUUUGUCAUGGCAGAAAGCGCAAUACUUGCUCUGAAUUGUAGUGGAAUGGUCUUAGGAACCCAACCAAUAAGGGUAAGUCCUUCAAAGACACCGGUGCGAUCCCGAGUUGUUCGUCCAAUGUUGCAAUAAUCAGUCCACUAAUUAAGGAUCAGUGGAUGGAUUCAGCCUAGCUUCUCAGCUAAAGAAAAUAUGAUGCAUUUUACUGGUUGGUGAAACAUUUGUUUCUUUCCGUUUAUCAGUCUUUUAUGUAGCAACAAUUGUUGUUCUGUGACUCUUUACACAUCGGGGCCUGCUUCAAAGUUUGAAGUUUUUACGGGAUGGUUUCGAUCUUGAGAAUUUCACAUGUUCUGAAUUCGAAUGCUCUGUGUUGGCAAAUAUCAUAUAUGCACUUGGAAACUUCUCUCGGUAUAGCGAUCAUACUUGUGCUCCUUUACUUAGAAAAAGCUUUUAAUUAUCAUCCUUGAUCUUGGAUAGAAGGUGUGGUGUUGUGGCCACCAAGUUCCAAGAACCUAGGUACCUUUUGUGCCAAUGCUCCUUUCUAUUUGAGUUUUGUAUUUCAUUAUGCAUAUUGAAUGUAUAACUUGUCACUUGAUGCAUGUAAUCGUUUGACAGCAGUUCAUUUAGAUUUCUUUUGGGUCAUAAGACACUGUAAGUAUUGUGAACUUUUUAUGCUCUGAAUGCUGAAGGUUUCCUCUUUCAUAUUGGUCAGAAUAGGCCAUAGGGAAGUUGGCUCAGGGAAAAUGCAGCUUCGUAUUUCUUUUGUCA